UAACAAAGCCAUCGCCGACUACCUCAACACCAACGGCUACUCCUCGGCCCUGGAGGCCUUCAAAAAAGAGGCGGACAUGGCUGUGGGCGAGGUGGAGCGCAAGUACGGCGGACUGCUGGAGAAGAAGUGGACGUCGGUGGUGCGGCUGCAGAAGAAGGUGAUGGAGCUGGAGUCGAAGCUGAACGAGGCGGAGAAGGAGUACAUCGAGGGGGCGCCGACUCGCGGCAAGCGCAGCCCCGCCGAGUGGAUACCGAGGCCGCCCGAGAAGUUCUCGUUGACUGGCCACCGAGCGCCAGUCACCCGAGUGAUCUUUCAUCCGGUGUUCAGUCUAAUGGUGUCGGCCAGCGAAGAUGCCACCCUUAAGGUGUGGGAUUUCGAGACUGGCGAGUACGAGCGUACCAUGAAGGGCCACACGGAUUCAAUACAGGACAUCGCUUUCGACGCGUCCGGCAAGCUGCUGGCGUCCUGCAGCGCCGACAUGAGCGUGAAGCUGUGGGACUUCCAGCAGAGCUACGAGUGCGUAAGGACGAUGCUGGGGCACGACCACAACGUGUCGGGGGUUUGUUUCAUGCCGGGCGGGGAUUUCGUCGUCUCCUCCAGCCGCGACAAGACCAUCAAAAUGUGGGAGGUGUCAACGGGGUAUUGCGUCAAGACUUACACUGGCCACAGGGAUUGGGUGCGGAUGGUCCGCUCCUCCCCAGACGGCACCCUAUUGGCCAGCUGCUCCAACGACCAGACGGUGCGCGUGUGGGCCGCGGCUUCGAAGGAAUGCCGCGCCGAGCUGCGCGCGCACGACCACGUGGUCGAGUGCGUCGUCUGGGCGCCCGACUGCGCCGCCGCCGCCAUCAACGAGGCGGCCGGCGUCGACAACAAGAAGGGCGCUCGCGCGGGGCCGUUCUUGGCGUCGGGGUCCAGGGACAAGUCGAUCAGGAUAUGGGAUGUGGGAGCAGGCGUGGCCCUAUUCGUUCUUACAGGGCACGAUAAUUGGGUGAGAGGAGUGGUAUUCCACCCUGGGGGAAAGUUCUUGGUAUCGGCUAGCGAUGACAAGACAUUGAGGGUGUGGGAUUUGAGAAACAAGCGCUGUACAAAAACUCUGGAUGCCCAUAAACACUUCUGCACAUCAUUAGAUUUCCACAAGUCGCAUCCCUAUGUUAUCUCUGGAAGCGUGGACCAGACGGUCAAAGUAUGGGAAUGCCGUUAG